AUGCAGAACCUGGUAGACAAGUCUCACGCGGGUACCGUGCACCCUUAUUUGAGCUCCGGGAAACGACGCUUGACUAGCUGGAGGAGUUUUGAUUCGCGUACGCCCUUCUGGGACCCGAGGCGCCCCCCCCCCUUGGGUGAGCCUAUCGACUUUUCCAAGCCAGCGGCUACCUGGAUGCACCCAAUCAAGGAAACUUCCUCGCCCCCUGAUAGAAGACCACUUGUCUGUGUUCCGUGUAACUACUAUAUGGAGGACAAGACGCCGAUGCAGUUCCUACCGCAUUGCGAAGACUCUCAAGGCUAUGUCGAUGUCCGAGUGAUCGAGAACAUGUGGCGUGAUCGUUUCCUGUUAAUUCGAGAUAAUGAAGAAGAAUCUGUCUCCCCUGUGCUCAUGCAUCGUGACACGAGUGGAAUGGCUCAUAUUAUAGGCAUGCGGGAGAGAUUUAUGCGAUGGGUGAAAGACUUUGAACGGGAGGGGGAGGUAGAAUCCUUGCAGACGCCAGAGGUCGCGCAGUGGUUCCGACAGAAACACUUAGGCAAGCCAUCAGGAGUAUAG